UCUUUUGACCAUUCAAUAAGCUAAGACCUAACAGUUUAAAGGAGCUACAAUUUUCCUUACAGCGCCUAACUUUACACUGUAUUCAUUGGUUUUCAGGAAAAUAGUGUGUUUCGUAUCGAUUUAAAAAAGUCAUGGCAGCCGAUUGGUUGGGCAGUUUGGUGUCAAUUAACUGUGGUCCAACGCUGGGAGUGUAUCAAGGAGAGGUGGUGUCUGUGGACCAGUCCAGCCAAACCAUCUCCUUAAGACAACCUUUCCACAAUGGAGUCAAGUGCCCUGUUCCCGAGGUCACUUUCAGCGCCAUUGACAUAAAGGAGCUCAAGAUUUUAGACAUCACAAUUGGCAAUGCUAAAAACAGCUCUUCUGCAUCUACAAAAGUAAGCAGUGCUCCAGUCGCAGUCUCAAAGGGCGACCCCAGGUCUGCGGCCAAUCUCAACUCUCCUCAGGACUGCUCCAAAAGCCAAGGAGAACGUCACGUGGACAUACCUGGCCAGCCAAAAGGAUUUCGUCGAAGACACAACUCCUGGUCAUCUAGCAGUAAAGGGGCAAACCAAGCAACACCGAAAAAGAAUGGUGUGAAGAACGGCCAGAUGAAGCCCAGAGACGACGAGUGUUUUGGGGAGGCCACCGACGACGCGGUGGAUGCUGAUUUUGAUUUUGAAGGAAACUUGGCUCUUUUUGACAAAGCAGCAGUUUUCUCAGAAAUCGACAUUUCGGAGCGCCGUAACGGUGCAAGAUCACGUGGGACGCCUCUAGACCAAACGCCCACACGGUACCGCCAUGAUGAAAACAUCCUGGAGGCCAAACCGGUUGUGUACAGACAGAUUACUGUGCCGCAGCCUGGGGCCAAAGAGUACUGCACUGACUCUGGGCUUGUUGUACCCAGUAUAUCCUAUGAACUACAUCAGCGUCUGUUGUCAAUCGCUGAGCGCCACGGUCUCUCACUGGAGCGAAGACUUGAGAUGACCGGAGUGUGUGCGACUCAGAUGGCGCUCACGUUGCUGGGAGGACCCAACAGAUUCACUCCAAAGAACUUACACCAGCGUCCCACAGUGGCUCUGAUGUGUGGCCCUCAUGUUCAGGGAGCCCAGGGCAUCAGCUGUGGUCGUCACCUGGCCAAUCAUGAAGUGGAGGUCGUCAUGUUUCUGCCCAAUUUUGUCAAGAUGCUCGACUGCGUCACCAGCGAGGUCACCCUCUUCAACAAGACCAGUGGCAAACAGGUGUCAAGUAUCAAAGACCUCCCAGACACGCCGGUGGACUUAAUCAUAAACUGCCUUGACUGCCACGAGAACACAUUCCUGAUGGACCAGCCUUGGUACCGGGCGGCUGCAGACUGGGCAAACCAGAACCGAGCGCCCGUGCUCAGCUUAGACCCUCCUGGUAGUGGACAGGGUCAUGCGGUGGAGGCCAAGUGGUCCCUCUCUCUCUGUCUCCCCUUCUCCCUUGCCGAGGGGGCCGGCAGAGUUUACCUGUGUGACAUAGGUAUUCCUCGACAGGUGUUCAAGGAAGUGGGAAUCAAGUACAUUUGUCCCUUUGGCUGCAAAUUCGUCAUCCCUUUGCACUCUGCGUAAUGGGACUAAUAGUCAACAUGAAUCUUUCACCCUCCAUGACCAUUGGGGUUUUGGCGCCUUAUGUUCCAGAGUUCAUCCAUUACGUUAGUAACUCAUCGACAUGAGAAAGGGACCACUGUUUGGUCAAUUAGUUCUAGGAGGACCAAGUCCAUGUGGGUGGGAUAGGAAAGAGCUUUAUUGAAAAAGUAAAUGUGUUGACCAUCCGAGGCUUCAGCCAUAAUACAGAUACUAUUGUAUUUACAUAAUUUCACAUGAUACUUUUUAGACACAUCUGAAGUGUCAAAAUGAUAUUACAUAAUGUUCAGAUUGAGAAUCUCUGAUUUAAAAGGGACAUAUUUCUGGAUGUCACUGCAAUCUAAACUCAUUCUUGAGCCUAUCUGGUGAAUAAACACCAUUCAAACAUAUAUUUUGUUUAAAUGUGAUGAUAUUACAUUACCACAGAAAACCAACAUAGAUGGUGUCACCAUUGCUAAUGGCCUUACAGCCUGCCAUACUCUGCAGAACUUUAUUACUCUUACUUCCCAUUUAAGCAAAUGUGGAAAAUUGUCAUUAAUGCGAGUAGUUUUCUAUUUUCUUAACCAGUGUUGAAUGGAGCAGCUGAUAGAGAGAAUCCAGAUAUCAGCAGUUGUGUUUGUUAAGCUAAAGAAGGCCUUCAUAUGGGCUCUGAUAAGAUGUAAUUUAAAACCUCUUAUAGGCAAAGAGAUUUGCUUACAGAAAUGUGUUACUGAAGUCAUGAUGUUCCACUAGCUUCUGUGCAAUCUCUCCUCUCAGUUAAGCCAUUGUGUCAUCCACUAUAGUAGUUAUGAGAAAUAUCAACCUUAAAUUGAAUACGGAUUAGUUUUUUAGCAUAAAAUAAGUACAAGCUGGGAACCUUUGUCAUUGUGCCUUGGUUUUCAUCCCUAUCCGUUCGCUUUGGCUCUUUAGUGUAUGUUAAAGGACCACAGCAGAGUGUUUACACGUUUUAGUUCCUUAACUACCAAUCAUUUAUGUAAUCUGAUUUUUGUUAAAUGCAGAACACAGAUUACAGAUUUUUAGGAAUUCAUCAGAGCCAUCAUAAAGUCUGGUAGUUAAAUUGUUUUUUCGUAAUGUAGUUGAUUUAAAAAAAAAAGUCUCUAUGCAUUCUAGACAUAGUCUGUUAAGGACUAAAAUGUCAAGAAUGUCCAAGUAGAUUUUCACGUUUUAUGAAAACAAAUUAAAGCCAGACGAAAUGGUCUGGUUGGUUUCGACCUCCAGGCAGGUGAGAAUGUCGACAGGUUUUUUCGGUUGACAACAAGCUGUGUUUUCUUAAGUAAAAAGGCUCUUUAUAUUUCAGAUAUGAAUGCAUUUCCAGGUGAAUCAUCUGUGAUGAGAAAUGUAACCGUUUGUUUUUUAAAUUCCCUCUCCUGGUAUUGUGAAGUAUGCCUGUUGUGUGUACUCCACCAUUAGUGGUAUUUACCAUGAGAGCUGCUUGUUUUGUGCUGCUUUACGAGGCCUUGACAGAGGGGGUUGUAGGCAUUUCUACUGCCAAAAAAUGUGACCAUGAAAGUCAAACCCUUAGCUUGUUCUUUUACAAAAUCACAUUCUUUUUAAAUGUGUCCAGAGACAAAGACCGUUGUAUUAGGUACUGGACAUGGACAUUGUAUACAACAUGUCCCUAAAUUGUGUAUCAUUGCGGUCAGUUUAGUCUAUACCUAGCUGCACUAAAGCAGUUACAGAAAUUAUAAAGGAAAUCAACUGGGAAAAGGUUUACAGUGGUUUUGUAUCCACAAAAUAACAUCUCAGGAGGAUUACAAAUACUUCCACGAUAUUUUAGUUUUUUCUCUGUGCACAUUAUCCUGCACAGGGUUCAUACACUGAUUCUGUGAAAAUGACUUCUCAUGCACAAAGGGUUUGUCCUUUCUCCAACAUUCCUCCGGCCUGAUGUGUUAUGUCACAUCUGUUGAGACAAGUCUGGCUGGGAAGCAUCAGCCAGCACUACUGAUUGUGAAGAGCUGUUUCCUCUUUGGCCGCCAGGGGGCCAUUAAACCACACUUUUGGUGUCUCUUCCUUAAUCCUUUGUAAUGGCAGCUUAAUAUACCUUGUUCCCCGAAAAUAUGGGUAUUUCUCUACGAAAUGUGAACAGUCAUAAACCAUGUGGUGAUCUGGCUUUGGCCGGAAAGCAUUUUUGAAAGUGUAUUUGUUUAAAUGCAGGCUCUGCUUCUUUAUAUGCAUUACAUUAGUUUACAUGUUUCACAUUCUCACAUCUUCGCUGGGUGUUUAGUACAUGCAAUGUUAGUUUGCAGUUCAGGAAUAAAAUGCGUUUUUUACAGCCAGUGGGAGGUUUUGUCUACAGUACAACAGUUUCCUUUUUGGUGCGAAGUUCAGUAUCAAGGUUCAAGUGCAAAAGUACUGUGCAGUCCUCUUGUGUCAUGUCUGCAGAUUGAAAUAAUAAAAACUUUCA